AGAUAGCGUUAGCACGUAGCGUAUAGUGACUAUAGUCGGCCAUAGAGAAACCAUUGCCGUAGACAUCAGUGGCGUAUUCUACAAGCUUGACAUAUUUGGACUCAAUACCCUUUUAGGUGGAACCAGAAGUGCAUAGGAGCUACUGUUAUAAAGGACUAUCAUGGCAAAGGAUCCAAACAAGCCGAAGGGCCGCAUGUCGGCGUAUGCCUAUUUCGUACAGACUUGUCGGAGCGAGCAUAAGAAGAAGCAUCCCGAUGAGAGCGUUGUGUUCGCAGAGUUCUCAAAGAAGUGCGCUGAGCGAUGGAAGACAAUGACUGACAAGGAGAAGAAGAGAUUCCAUGAGAUGGCAGACAAGGACAAGGGCCGAUACGAGCACGAAAUGGCAAACUACAAACCACCAAAGGGCGUUGGCAAGGGUAGCAAGAGAAAGAAGAAGGACCCAAAUGCACCCAAGAGAGCCAUGUCAGGCUUCUUCUGGUUCUGCCAAGAUGAGCGGCAAGUGGUGAGGAACAUCAACCCUGGCUGGGGAGUCGGUGAUGUCGCCAAGGAGUUGGGCAAGCGUUGGGGAGUGCUCACCCCUGAUGUGAAAGCAAAGUACGACGCCUUGGCACAAAAGGACAAGAAGAGAUACGAGACGGAGAUGAAGGUGUGGAAGAGUAAAGGAGCAGCUGUGGUCGCAGCAGUUUCCAGCAAAAAAUUCAAGCGGGCAGAGGAGGACGAAGAAGAUGAAGAGGAUGAUGAUGAGGAUGAUGAUGAUGAUGAGGAAUCUGACUAAGCGCGGCAAUCGGGAGUACUGGGAGAAAUUUUUACACCGUGUAGCACACCUUUCAACAGGGGCUACAAGUUGUCGAGCGUCCAAAAUUACCAAUGAUAAUAUUAGAGAGAGAGAGAGAGAGAGAGAGAGUGUUCUGAAGUGUCUCCCAGCAAAAUCAGUCACUGGUGUAUAGUUAUAUCAUCAUGUAGAUAGCUUUUUUUGUGUAAAGUGUUUUAAACGGGUGUCACGUAAAGACGAUGUCUUGUAUGUAAAGAUGUACGCCACUUGUUACCCACACAAUCUGGGUGAUGCCAUACUUAAUGUAAUAACAUAAUUGCAAGCAUUUUGUACAUUCCCAUUGCUGGAUUUUAAUUUCUAAAUUCAUUUUAUCAAAGAUGGUUAUGCUUUGGUAAUCGUUUGCACAACUGUAUUGUAGAAAUCAUCGAGAGUGCAAAGAAAGAUCUGUAAAGUUGUACUUUAUUUUGUCGCAUAUCAAUGUCUUGUUCUUAAUUUUUAUGUUCAUGUCUAAAUUCGGGAAAUAAAUUCGUAAAAUGUCA